CGCUGAACGACGUCGAUGUGUGGAUGAGUGGCUUUCCAUCGAGAUGGUCCAGAUGGCAGCAUGGGGACUGGCGCUCUUCAUCUCUCACGCCCACGGCUUCCAUCAACCAUCGCCCAUCUCACGACCACGUCCGUCACGGCUCCAUCACAUCAGGCGGAAACACGUCAGCCUAAAUGGAUGAAUGGAAUGAGUUCACUGGGAUGGAUGGAUGGAUGGAUGGAUUUGUGCCUGCAGGUGCGCUCAGCUGUGGAGUCUGCUGGGCAGGCUGCUCAGCAGCAGCAAUUGCAAUUGCAAGAUCUGCAACGGCUGAUGGAAGAGCUGCAUGCUGACGGCACCACCGACAGGCAGUGGACCAUCGAUGACCUGCUGAAUGCAGACGUGAGUGACCUCUCCCCGUCUGCACAGCAGAUCCGUGACUCAAGGUGCGUGCGGGCUCCUGUAGGAUCCCCAUCCAUCCAUCCGUCCAUCCUCCCGUGUGUGUGUGUGUGUGUGUGUGUGUGUCAGGUUUAGUGGUUGUGUCGAGAGUUCUGAUGGGGAGAGGCAGACCGUCCAGCACACGCCCACCAUCACCUACUCUCGCAAGGUGUUCAUUCCGCUGACGCACCUCUGUCGCGAUCGGUGCCACUACUGCACAUUCGCGCAGCCUCCCAAGGAUGGUGAGAGGUGAGUGGAGUGGAAGGAGUCAGCCGGGGAUGGCAACACACCAAACAAACGGAUGGAUGCCGGAAGGAACCGUGGUGUCUGUCGUCCGCUUGCUUGUCGUGUCGUGUGUAGGUGCUACAUGACGCGUGACGAGGUACUGGAUGUGGUGCGGGAGGGGGAGAGGCUGGGGUGCACUGAAGCGCUCUUCACACUUGGUCAGCCACAGAAGAGAGGAAGAGUACCUGUGGUCAGGUGCCCAUCUGUCCAUUGUGUGUGUGUGUGUGUAGGCGAUCGUCCCGAGACGAGGUGGCCGCAGGCGAUGGAGGAGCUGCGCAGCAUGGGAUACACGUCGACGAUUGAGUACCUCAGGUCGGUGGCGCCAAGACAUCAGCACACUCUCUCUGGGAUGGAUCUUGGUGUGUGUGGAUGGAUGGAUGGAUGUGUUCCUCCCUAGGGAUUGCAUGGCCAUGGUGCUCACAGAGACCUCGCUCAUCCCCCACGCAAACCCUGGAGUGAUCUCAGAUGACGAGAUGCUCGUCCUCCGUGACGUCAGUGCAUCACAGGUGGGGUGGGUGACCAAACACACACACACCCCACCCACCCACCCACCCCAGCCAUCCACGUUUCUGUGUUUGUGCAGGGCCUCAUGUUGGAGUCAAUAUCAGACCGGCUGUGGGUGGAGAAGGGCCAGCCGCACUAUGGCUCCCCCGACAAGCGGCCGGCAAGGCGACUGGAGACCAUCGAGAGGGCCGGGAGGCAUCGCGUGCCGUACACGACUGGUCUUCUGGUGGGGUUUGGCGAGACGAGGCUGGAGAGGCUGCUGUCCUUGGCGGCGAUUCGCGAGCUGCACCAGCGAUAUGGACACAUACAGGAGGUCAUCGUACAGGUGAGUCGAUAUCAAUAUUGCCGGCACAUGGAGCCACGCACCGUGUGUUUGUCUGUCUGUGCAGCCCUUCCGGGCCAAGGAGGGGACGGUGAUGUCCUCAGCCCCCGACUGCCCCCUUUCAGAGCUCCUCUGGACCACAGCCAUCGCACGCAUCAUCAUGCCGCCCUCCAUCUCCAUCCAGUCCCCACCCAACCUCUCACACCCACAAGACCUGCCGAUGGUCCUGCGGUCCGGCAUCGACGACUGGGGUGGGGUGUCGCCGCUCACAGCCGACUAUGUCAACCCCGAGCGCCCCUGGCCGUCCAUCGAUCGGCUAAGGGAGGUGACGGAGCAGAACGGCUUCGCCCUUGUGGCCCGGCUGCCGUCUUACCCCAUGUAUGUCAGCGACGGUGUGUUGUUGGGGGAGUGGCACAGCGGGAGGGUCGCGAGGUCACUCCUGCGAGCAAUGGAUGGCACUGGGCACUCCAGGUGAGCAUUGAUGGACACUGACAACACGCCACCAGCGACCACACACCUCCCCCCCUGACUCAUUUGCGUGUCCCAAGGACGGAGGAGCCAUGGUUUGCCGGCGAUUCCGCCUCGUCCGUGCCCACAGAUGGCCCAGACGCACCCUACCUACCCGGCGGCCGUCACCAUCCACGAUACGCGGACGCCCUCAGGCCUUUCGAGCAGCCGGUGCGGCAGCUCGUGAGCGGCCGAGACGAUGGCGUGAGUGGGACCGAGCUGUCACUGUGGAGGGAGCAGAUGCGCAAUGUGCUGAGGAGGGAGGGGGUGUCCGACUGGGUGGCGGAGCUGCUGACACGCGCUCUAUUGUCGCCAGGUAGACAUGUGGAUGAAUGAAUGAAUGUACGAGCUUCCUUUCAGCAGGUGUGUGUGGUGGAUUGUAUAUCAGAGAUGGCGCGGGGUGAGAGUGGUCUGAGUGAGGGUGAGGCGACGUCGCUGCUCGAAGCACGAGGAAAAGAUCUUGCAGCCAUUGCCGCGGCGGCCGAUUUACUGAGGUCGGUGAACAGAAUACACCGAAGACAUCAACGUGCAUUGGUGUGUGUGUGGUCUUCCCUCGAUGGUCAGGCGAGUGGUGGCUGGCCACGGCGUGUCCUAUGCCGUUGUGCGCAAUAUCAACUACACCAACGUCUGCUACUUCAGAUGCCAGUUCUGCGCAUUCAGCAAAGGUCAGCCAGCCAGCCAGCCAGCCAGCCAGCCACCACACACCACACACCACACACCACACAGACGACACCCCUGCCCACAACCCUCCAUCCAUCCAUCCAUCAGGCAAGCUCAGCGAGGCCCUGAGAGGACAGCCAUACAACCUACCUCACGAGGAGAUCCAGCGGAGAGUGAGGGAGGCGUGGGAGCGUGGGGCGACCGAGGUGUGUCUGCAGGGCGGCAUACACCCCGACUACACCGGCCAGACCUACCUCGACAUACUGCGGGCCGUCAAGGAGGCCGCCCCCCACACACACGUCCACGCAUUCAGCCCUCUAGAGGUACCUGGGUGGGUGGCUAUGUCAGCAUACAGUACAUGGAUGGAUUGACACACAACACAACACGCGGCAUUGUCUGUCGUCUCCGCAUUGGCUGGCAGGUGCAGCAGGGCGCAUCAACUCUCGGCAUAUCAGUGAGGGAUUUCCUGACUCAGCUGAAGGAGGCCGGACUUGGGUCGCUCCCAGGCACUGCUGCAGAGAUACUCGACGACGGUGUCCGUGCAGUGCUGUGUCCCGACAAGCUGUCGACCGAGCAGUGGGUGGAUGUGGUGAGGGCGGCUCAUGAAGUGGGCCUCAAGACCACCAGCACCAUCAUGUUUGGAUCGAUGGAGGGCGCACAGAUGCAGGCCAGACACCUGCUGCGGAUUCGCGACCUACAGGCAAGCAGGACCGACGCAGCGAACACACUGCAGGCAUCCGCCCGAGCGUGUGUGUGUGUAUGCUUCAGAGGGAGACGGGCGGCAUUACAGAGUUCGUGCCUUUGCCCUUUGUGCACCAAGAAGCCCCCAUCUAUCUCAAGGGCCGCGCACGCAGAGGCCCCACUUUCAGAGAGGUGGUGGCCCUUCACGCCGUGGCCCGCCUGGCCCUGCACCCCUACGUGACCAACAUCCAGACGUCAUGGGUCAAGAACGGCCCACUGGGUGCGUGGGUGGUGCUGCAGAGCGGCGCCAACGACCUGGGGGGCACUCUGAUGAACGAGAGCAUAUCACGGGCAGCCGGGGCCACGCAUGGACAGGUGAGUGAGUGGUCAAGGGACACGUGAGUGGGUGGAUGGAUGGAUGGAUGCAGGAGUUUGGUCCCCGUGAGAUGGAGCAGUUGGUUGCAUCUCUUCCCCUCGACGCCCCUCAGCAGCGGCGGACACCAUGGCAGCGCACCACCCUCUACACGCCAGCAUCGCAGGUCAGGCAGGACAGGAAGCACACUGACGUAUGUAUGCACCAUGGACCGACCAUCGUGUCUGUGUAUACAUGUGUGUGUGCGCGCCAGGAGCGAGCACUGCGUGCCCUUGAUGCGGCCCCAUUGGCGCCUGUGGAGAAUGCGCCGGCCAAGAAAUACGAGCGCACGGCGGCGUAGAUUGUGUAUGGUGUGUUUGCGGCAGUUCGUCUCAUGUGUAUGUGGGUGAUGUGUAUCUAGCUGGAUGGAUGGAUGGAAGCCGUGUGGCGUUUACGUGUAUGCUGUCUGUAUCUAUAGGGACAAUUUAAGUGAGUAGGG